UAAGCAUCAUGUGACCAAUCAGGUUGGCUUCCGUACUUGGUUUAUAAAGUGAAUUUGGAGACACAUUGACAAGUAAAGGAUACUAAUUAUUUAUAUGUACAAAAGUUAUGUUGCCAUUUUAAAAAAUGCCAAUAUCAAGAGCAGUUUUGUAUCUUCGGGAUGAAUUGCUGAACAAUGCUUCUGAACAAAAAGGUGGAGACUCAAAAACAUGUCUUACAGAAAAAUUCGUAUUAGGUUCCGGUAGUGAGGCCAUGUACGAUGCGAGAUUUGAUUCUGUCCGAACUUUAUCCGAAGAAAAAGAUGAAUACAUAAAAGAUUCCGAGGAAGGAGAUGAUAAUGUGUUUUAUGACUCUGAAAGACCAGCUGAAACUGGUUAUAUUUGUCUACAAAGUGUUCCAUAUCCACUGCUGUCGCCUAGACCUUUCUAUUCUCAUUCCGCUGACAACAUUUUCCCAGAUGCACCUCUUGAUUUACGACAAAGAAACCUAAGUCAGUCAAUAAUUGAUGGAGAGUACGAAUGUAAACCAUUAUCAAGAUGUCCCCGGCGUAAUUUCACGAACAGCCGAGAACGAUGGCGUCAACAAAACGUUAACGGAGCAUUUGCUGAGUUACGACGAUUAGUUCCUACCCAUCCACCAGAUAAGAAACUAAGUAAACAUGAAAUUUUGAAACUCACAAUAAAAUAUAUAGGACUUUUAAGUGGUGUUUUGGAAUAUCAGAAAGCCGAGACAAAUGAAAAUGAGGGUGAGAUAGUAAAACAUGAAAUGUCAGCUGAUGGUGAAGACACUAAUAUGAAUACAGAAAACCAAUCCAACCACACUUUGUGGGACGACAAAGUGUUUGAAUCAAACAGUCCAGAAAGCGACGAUUCCAACUGAUUUUAUUUAGCCAGGCAAAAGUGAGACAUUCCACUUUAUGGAAAAUGACAUUUUUUGUUGUUGAAUUUAUGAUUAAAUUUAGUUUUAAAAGAAAA